AUCACUUGUCAAAUUAAAAAUGGAGGUUUAGUAUGAAAUUUGAGAUAGGUAUAGGUAUUUGUCCAGGAAAAACAAUUUGUAUGCGUUAUUUUGAUAUAAAUAAAGAUUCAGAAUAGUAAUGUAAAUGUGUAUAUGAAGUAUGUUUUAGUUUCUAUAGUUUUUUGAACUAUCAAAUUAUAAUUAGCGCUUGCAUAACAUGCCAGUGCCCGGCUGAAGUCUAUAUAGUAAAUAUGAAUUUUUCGAAUAUAAAAAUUAUCCUGAACACUUUAAAUUCCCACAUGAAACUCGAUCUGGGCAUCAAGUACAAACUGUUAAGUAAAUGGUGUAAGGAACAUAACAUUGUGUAUCAGGAGUUUUGUGUUACAUCUACUCUUAACCGCCGUUUCCAUUCGUCGCAAAGAUCUGCCCAACCUCAAAAAGAUACCACUCUAUUACCUUCACCGCAAGAAGUGACAUCUAUUCUCCGACAAAAUGAAUUCAAUAAAGAACUAUCCUCGGGCUCAGUCAAGUCUUAUGAUUCAAAUCAAUUGGCUUCCAACGAUCCUAUUGAGGACACAAGGAGCGAAGCUUUGUGCAAGAUGACGUCAGGAUUGUUGAUGGGUGUAUUCGACGGGCAUGGCGGGCCGGCGUGUGCGCAAGUUGUUUCGAAGCGCUUGCUGAACUAUAUAGCCGCUGCACUGCUACCUUUGGAUAUAUUACAAAAAUAUGUAAAGGACGGACUCCAGGAAAAUUUGAUAGAAACUUUUAAUGACAAAGUGCAAAUUGUAGAAGAUUUAAAACUGAUGUAUGAUAAUAGUUUCAAACAAUAUUUGGCUCAAUUAGAAGAUUUCUCUAAAAAUGGCACUGACGUGGCUAAAUGCCUCGAACACGGUAUAAUGAACUUAGAUAGUCAUUUAUCAAAGGAGGUAGUGGAUCCUUACAAGACUAAGGGCGUAAUUAAUCCAAAGACCUUAUCAGUGGCAUUGUCGGGCGCUGUGGCUUGCGUGGCUCACGUGGACGGGCCUAAUCUGCAUAUUGCCAACGUAGGGGACUGUAAUGCAGUGCUCGGCACACUCACCGAUGAGAGCGAGUGGAUUGCCAAAAAAAUAACAAAGGAGCAUAAUUCGGAGAAUUUCGAUGAGCUCAAACGAAUUUGGAGCGAGCACCCGGAGGCGGAGAGGAAGACCGUGAUAAGGAGAGACAGGCUGCUAGGAGAGCUGGCGCCUCUCCGCAGUUUAGGAGAUUACAGAUACAAGUGGUCUACCCAAAUAUUAAUGGACGUCGCGGUACCUCUAGUGGGCCAUAAGGCUAUACCACAAAACUAUCACACGCCACCAUACCUAACAGCUCAGCCGGAUAUAUAUUACCACAGGCUUACGUCCAAAGAUAAAUUCUUGAUCAUUGCUUCCGACGGUCUGUGGGACAUGAUGACUCCGCUGCAAGCGGUUAAAUUAGUCGGGGAGCACAUGAAGGGGAAAGUGUUCUUCAAUCCUUUGAAGUUACCUAGAAAAAAUAUUCAAUUGGGAGAUAUAAAUGAUUUGUUGAUUCAUAGGAAGGAGAGUUUGAAAAGUAAGCCUAAGGACAGGAAUGCUGCGACGCAUCUGAUCCGGCACGCCAUCGGCGGCACGGAGUACGGCGUGGACCACUCGCGGCUGGCGCACCUGCUCAGCCUCUCGCCCGACGUGAGCCGCAUGUUCCGGGACGACAUCACCGUCACCGUCGCUUACUUCGAUUCUGAAUUUCUAAGACAAUGUCCGACAUAAAACAAUAUUAUGUACCUGUCUGAAACUUCUAACGGUGCCUUGAAAAUGUCUAUUUGAAUAAUGUUUUGCUAGUUUAUAACAAUGUUUGUGACUACAUAUUUGUUUCAAUAUUUGAAACAUGUUGCGAUUGUGAUGCAAAAAGUCUUCUAUACAAUUGUGUUCGAUUUAGUGGACUAUUUUGCUUUUCUAUUAACUUUCGCUAUUAGUAUUUAAUAUUAUAUUAAUAUUUUGUUGUGAAUAAUUUAUUGAUAUUCGUUACAUAAUGAGUGCGCAAAUAUUUUAAAAAGAGAUGGUAGCUUUUGUUACCUUAUUUAUUAAAGAGGGAGUAGGUAUAACCAGGAGUAAAAUAUGGCAAUAUUUUCUUUAAAACAACAAAGUGCUGUGUGACUGCUUUAUUAUUGUUGUUUGUUAUUAAAUACGGUGAUAUAUUAUAAAGCAAUGUUAUUAUAAUUAUUGGUAUGUGCCAUUAAACUGCCUUAUAAAGUCUAUUAUUUUUCUAAUAGAGACAGUAUUACCUACAGCGAAACAGUCCAAAUCUAGCAUCAUAUAAAAUGUUACGACAGUUAUUAGUACCUAUUUUAGAUCUGGAAAAUAGAAUAAAAUAUUCGAAUUAA